CUGCAGAACCAGCUGCUGGAUGCAGGGCAGAACCACCUGGCAGUACAGGAGUUGGGCCCCCAAGGAUGACUUCAGCCUCUGCAGGUCUCAUAGAAGAGUUCUCCCUGGGCCUUACAGAUGAUGUGCAGGCUGUGAUGAUGGCUCGGUGAACUUCAGGUGGGCUGUGAAGGUGCACCAGCAUCCCUUGAGGCUCCUGAAGGAGCUCUGGGCCAGGAAUGAUAACAAGGGAAAUAAAUUUAAAAUAUCAGCACUGUUAAUUAUCUUCGGACUUUAGAAUAAACAGCACAUUAGGAGGAAUGGAAGCACUUUAUAUUUCUCUAACUGCACAUUCACACUAAGAAAUACCUGUUUUUCAUCAAAAGCUCUUGAACAUUGAACUUGAAGCAAACCUUGAUUGUAUGCUCCAACAAACUUGGAGAAGAUCUACAAUACAAAGGAUUCGUCAUGAGAAUGUGUAACCUUCAUUCAGAAGUACAUUAAUGGAGCUGCUGAUAAGCAAUCUUCUUUUGUAAAGAAAUCUUCCAUUUCUCCGGUGAUUCAGACUGUUGUGAUUCGAAGAGAAAAGUGCUUCUGAGAAGAAAAAGAAAUAUAAAGAUGUUUCCUGCCCAGAAGAGCUUAUAAUUCAAAUAAGACAAGACAAACACACGAGACAGCGCUUCAGAAGAAGGAGGCACUUCAUGAACUGUUUGUGGACCCUACAUUCAAUGACAUCGAGUCUCAAGAUGUUACUAAUAUAUUAGUGAACACAUUCUUAGCUGAAGAAGUCAAAGAGCAACAAAAGGAUUGAUAAAACAAUGGCUGCAGCUGCUGAUGGUUUGGGAAGUAUUGCUAUAGACACCACGCAACUUAACAUGUCAGUCACUGAUCCAACAGCUUGGGCUACUGCUAUGAAUAACCUGGGGAUGGUUCCAGUAGGAUUAGCUGGACAACAGCUUGUGACGGAUUCAAUCUGCGUAUCAGGCUUCGAUCCAAGCCUUAGCAUGAUGACUGGAAUAACUCCAAUUAACCCAAUGAUACCAGGCAUGGGGUUAGUACCUCCGCCACCACCAACCGAUGUGCCUGUAGUCAAAGAAAUAAUUCACUGCAAAAGCUGUACACUGUUCCCUCCAAACCCAAAUCUUCCACCACCUUCAACAAGAGAGAGACCUCCUGGGUGUAAGACUGUAUUUGUUGGAGGAUUACCAGAAAAUGCUACAGAGGAAAUUAUUCAGGAGGUCUUUGAGCAGUGUGGAGAUAUUACAGCAAUUCGAAAAAGCAAGAAGAAUUUUUGUCACAUUCGUUUUGCAGAGGAGUUCAUGGUUGAUAAAGCCAUUUACCUUUCUGGUUACCGCAUGAGAUUAGGAUCUAGCACGGACAAAAAAGAUUCAGGUCGCCUUCAUGUCGAUUUUGCUCAGGCAAGAGAUGACUUUUACGAAUGGGAAUGCAAACAAAGAAUGCUGGCCAGAGAAGAACGUCAUAGGCGCAAAAUGGAAGAAGAUAGGCUACGGCCUCCAUCUCCUCCGGCAAUAAUGCAUUAUUCUGAACAUGAAGCUGCUUUGCUGGCUGAAAAAUUGAAAGAUGAUAGCAAAUUUUCUGAGGCCAUCACAGUACUGCUUACCUGGAUUGAGCGAGGCGAGGUGAAUCGUCGCUCUGCAAACCAAUUCUAUUCAAUGGUGCAGUCAGCAAAUAGUCACGUCCGCCGCCUCAUGAAUGAAAAAGCAGCCCAUGAGCAAGAAAUGGAACAAGCCAAGGAGAGCUUUAAAAAUGCCUUAACAGGGAUCCUCACACAAUUUGAGCAGAUUGUGGCCGUUUUCAACGCUUCUACCAGACAAAAAGCUUGGGACCAUUUCUCGAAAGCUCAGCGAAAGAACAUAGACAUUUGGCGAAAGCAUUCUGAGGAGCUUCGGAAUGCUCACAGUGAACAGCUCAUGGGAAUCCGCCGGGAAGAGGAGAUGGAAAUGUCUGAUGAUGACAGUGGUGACAAUCCCAGUAAAAAGCUGCGAGUAGAUGAAUCAGCUCUAGCUGCCCAGGCUUAUGCACUUAAGGAAGAAAAUGACAGUCUCCGGUGGCAGCUGGAUGCUUAUAGAAAUGAGGUGGAGCUUCUAAAACAAGAGAAAGGGCAACUCUUUCGUACAGAAGAAAGCCUUACAAAGGACCAACAGCUACAAUUUUUACAGCAGACAAUGCAAGGCAUGCAACAGCAAUUGCUGAGUAUACAGGAAGAAUUAAAUAAUAAGAAAUCUGAACUGGAACAAGCGAAAGAAGAACAAACACAUACACAAGCAGUGCUUAAAGUUCUUCAGGAACAGUUAAAAAGUGCCAAGGAGUUAGCAGAAAUCAAUGGCCAUGACGAAUCUCAGGCAAAUGAAGUCAAUGUAUUGACAGUAGCAUUGGUCAACCAAGACAGAGAAAAAAAUUCUGAGAAGCGAAGCCAAGGUCUAAAAUCAGAGAAGGAAGCACUGCUAAUAGGUAUCAUAUCCACGUUUCUUCACGUCCAUCCUUUUGGAGCCAAUAUAGAAUAUCUUUGGUCUUAUAUGCAGCAGCUGGACUCUAGGGAUAGCUGAGAAUUGAUGCUUCCAUCAGUGGUCCCUCUGCUUGCUUUGGAGUGUGACAUCUAUGCAGAAAAGGCAGAAUGGAGCAUAAAGCAUUAGCAGAGCUGGAGGCCUGCUAUGCUAUGGGGAGUUACAGAGUUGACCACAGCAGUCCAUAACCUGCAGGAACAUACUGUAAUGCAUUCCAUGAAGAACUGUGUGUCUUCCCUCAAUCUUUAUGAAGAAAGUUCUCUGUUUGCUUGGUGCGAAAAGGUGGGGAUACUCGUGUCAAUGCAAGGAAAACCAUUAAUUGAAAAAAAGCCAACUGAAAACGCAUAUUCCCAUUACCACUACAUCUUGUCGGUACAAUCUGAUAAUCAGCAUUAUGUUUCCUCCGUAUCAUCUCCCAUUGCUUUACAAAAAUAAGGAAUUAAAUACCAGCAAUGGCAUAAUUUGGAAGCAGCCAUUAUAUACUUUAACAGUGAUUUACAUACAUGGUUGUUAAAAUAUAAAUUAUUAGUUGGAUACUGUGGAUCAGAUCCCAUGCUUACUUCAGCUGACUAACGUUCAGACAGUAGCCAGGAGAAUGUGCCUUUCCUGCUACCUUGAGUAUCUGACACUUCCCUAGAAUCCUUUUUCUGUCUUCGUUCAGGAUACUGCCCAGGUCAUUAAACCUGUGUCAACUCCUGAGCUAGAAGCCCAUUGAUAACAGAAAGGACCCCAAGCCUUUGGCAUUUUACUUCCUGCCGUAGUUUGUUAGUACCUCACAAGCCAUCAUUUUCCUUUCUUCAUAACAAGAUGUUUUGAUGUGGAGUCAGGCAGCAACGGUUGUGGGACUCUGGAGAAGAUUAUGUGAUAGUUUUUGUUAUGUUAUUGCUUGUUUAUCUGAUGUCAAGUUAACUGGCCAUCCUGGGUCUUUUUGAAAAGUUGUCAGGGGUGCCCAAAUUGUCAGACCAGUGUUUACAUUGCAGAACCAUACAAUCCAAAUAAAUACAUGUCUGCAAUUCAAAUUCUUUGCCCUCCCUUGCCCCUGCAGAGAUCUCAGCCCUUAUUCCCUGCCCACGCCUUAGCUUGAUGCUGUGUUGUGUUGGCCCAUGUGUUCUCCUACUCAUGCCUGUACACUUUAUUUUCAUGCUCUCCAUGGAACUACGCGGUGCCCUCACUCAUCUUUAGGGGUCUGCCUAAAUCACAGAGGAACUUACUAAUUUUUGCAGGUUGAUCACAGCCUAAAGCUCUAAUUCUGCAGUCAUCCUAUGGCGGCCCUGCCCCUUGGCACCGAUUGGCAGAGAGGUCCCGCUUCUCAGUGCUGAUUGGCAGAGCGGCCUGGAUGGAGAGAGGGAGGAAAUGAGGGGAUGACUGUCAUCUUGACUACUGGCUGCCCUUUUUGCAGCCCUGGCCCUUGGUGUUGAUUGGUUGAGAGGCCCUGGCGGGUUGGGGGUGGAGACACUGGGAUAGCUGCCAUCUUGCCUACUGCCCUUUGUCCUGCCCUGCCACCUUCCCCUUCUGGCAGUGGGGACCUCCUGGGAGGGUUUUUUUAAAUUAUUUUUAUUAAGUUUUUAUUGUUGAUUUCAUGGACAAUCCUGGAUUUCAUGGUUUCCACGAAAUCUGUGAAAACAUGAAUUAAGUAGGUUCCUGGUCAUCUUUCAAACCCCUUCUUAAACCCACUGUUUUUGGCUAGGUUUCAGCUGACUGUCUCUCCAGCUUCCCUUCCUUUUCUGCUUUCUUUAAUUUACACUGGCAAACAUUUAAAAUACAGACUGGCUGUGCAACAUAAUGCAACUCAGAUUAUAGUUGUCCAUAUCUUUCCUAUCCCACUUUUAGUUGCAGUAUCUUCCUUUGUUUAAUGUAGGGCCCCAAGACUGCAACCUUUUGUCACACAAGUCCUAUUGGCGUCAGUGGGAUAACUCCCAUGGGUCAGGGCUGCAGAAUCAGAC